AUGGUCAUUAACCCUACCUACCUCGCCCAGCGCACGCGCUCAUCGGUCAACUGGGCCGAUGCGAAGAAGAGGGUCAUUCACAGCUACCGGGACUGGCUGCGGUCGGCUCCCGAGAUCCAGACCAUGUAUUCGCUCAACAUGCCAGUAUCCCAACUUCGGACCAAAAUGCGGCAGGAAUUCGAGCGGCAUAGAUACGUGAAUCAGCUGAAAACAGUCGACGUGCUGUUAUUUAACAGCCACCAAGAAUUUCAGGAAACACUCAACUUCUGGAAGCAACUGUCACACGUACUCAAGUACUUCCGUACCGAAGAGGAUCCCAAGGCACGGCUGCCAAACAACUUCAUCAACGGCUUUUUGGAAGGUCGCAACUGA